AUGGCAUCAGAGUGUCGUGCGCUCUACGAGCAAAUAUGGCUCAAGCCUGGGCCGACUCUGGAAUUGGCGCAAUCGGCCCUGAUGAAGCCGGCACCACUUUCGUGGACCCUCGAGGAGCGGACGCGACUCACAUAUCAAAGAGCAAGGGCCUUAGCACAUGCAUACAACUUGACCUUGGAUGAUGUGGUGAACACGACUCCAAGAUUUUGGAAGCUUCACAUCGACCUGCUCACGGCUAUGGACGGUGGUGCAAUCAACCUGGUUAGCGUCCAGUAUAAUCUCUUUGUUGGCACAGUUGCUCCUUUCGCUGCCACGCAGCCAGAGUUGGCGUGGGUUAUACACCAGGCAAUGAAGUUUGAUAUCUCGGCACAAUUCAUGCUCACCGAGCUCGGGCAUGGCCUAGAUGCACGCAACCUCGAAACCACUGCAACUCUUUUGCCCAAUGGCAGUUUUGAAUUACACACCCCGUCUCCGGCUGCUGCUAAAUGUAUGCCACCGAACUCUCUUCGAAGUGGCUUGCCUGUUUUUGCAGUCGUAAUAGCCCGACUUAUCGUCGAAGGAGAGGAUCGAGGAGUCCGACCGUUUGUCGUGCAAAUGUCGGACGGGAUCAAGAUGUGCACCGGUAUCACCUCGAAGGUCUUCCCACCUCGUCCGGGUGCGAAUCCGAUCGACCAUGCCUUGACCUACUUCAACCGCGUGCAGCUACCGUUCUCCGCCCUCCUUGGUGGCAAGGAGGGCGCCCUGCAGACGUCACGCAACGAACGUGACAACUUCUUAGCGACCAUCCACCGCAUGCCCCCCGGAACACUUUUCCUGGCUGGUGGCUGUAUCCCAUUGAUCAAGAUGGCUGUUUACAACGCCAGCAAAUUCAGUUUCCGGCGACAUAUCCUUGGUCACGACGGGCAGCCGAUGCCUGUCAUCAACUUCCGUACCCAGCAUCUUCCUAUUCUUCACGCCAUUGCCAGAGCGCAUGUCCUCCAAGCGUUCUUCAUCUACGCUGGAAUGGAAUAUUGCGACCCGAAGAAUACUGAUCCACGGGUCCGCCAUGCCUUCGCUACAACCUUCAAGGCACUUACAAUCCACCACUUCCAGACUAGCCUCAAACUCAUAAAUGAGGGCUGCGGCUGGCAAGGAUACUAUGAUUUUAACCAAAUUAUCCAAGCUGAUCUGGAGUUCCGUGCAGUGGCAACUGCUGAAGGCGACGUCAGGGUCUUAGCCAUCCGACUCGCAAGCGAACUUCUGAUUGGCCGUUAUCAGGUCCCGCCUCCCAGGGACCCCAACGGCGUCCUAGCCAGACACGAAGCGGGCUUGAUCGCAGAGGCGCGGGAACUGAUCAAGUCUUUCGGCGGCAAGCAUCGGAGCGAGGCUUUCAACCGAGCCAUUCUUCCUCUGGCUCUUCCGUUGGUGCAAGCUAUCGGAGCUCGCAUGGCACUCGAAGCCGCUAGGGAGGUGGGCAUUGAUCCCAAGCUACGGGCGCUGUAUGAAGCCGGAAUCAUCAAGGAGGAUUCCGCCUGGUAUGCGGAGAAGGGCGGCCUCACGCGCCAGAAGCAGCGCGAGAUGGAAACCCAGGCGGCCGAUGCAGUGCUUCCCGAGUUGGAACGAUUGGUGGAGGAAACCGGCGUUGAGCCGUAUUGCACGGCACCGAUGACGUCCGACCGGCUGUGGAACAGUCUUGUGGAGGAAUUGGAGGUCUUCUCGGGCGAGGGCGAAUGCGAGACGGUGCCGGCUCCGCAGGAGAUCAGAGCGCGGCUAUAG